AUGGAGGAUUCCUCGAACGUCACCACGACGUCAGAUGACGGACCAGAUAGUGCCUCAACAGAGACUGAAGAACCCACAAAGCAAGAAGAGCAAACAUUUAAAGCACCAGAAACAGUACCUGCUAAGAGAUCGUCCGAAGAAAUUUCCAGUGAAAAUUUGGUAAAUUCUUCUGCGUAUUAUCAACCACCGGAUUGGGCUUGUACCUGCCCCUCAUCAUCGCGCUACUUUCUUGAGGUGAUAAAAAAUGGAAUUCCAUUGCCCGAGGCGACAAUAGACCUCUCCAAUAUCGAUCACUGCAUCCUUGGACGUCAACCGGGUCCCUUGCUGAAUCAGCAAAAUCCCACUGGUCGCACCGCUACCCUCCUUCAUCCCUCCAUAAGUCGUGCCCACGCUGUUCUCCAAUUUGGCAGUAACUCUGAUCUCUCGCCCGGUUGGUAUGUCUAUGACCUUGACAGCACACACGGCACUUUUGUGAACAAGCACCGCGUUCCAUCGGGACGAUAUAUUCGCCUUCGAGUUGGCUACGUCCUUCGUUUCGGCAGCAGUACGCGUCUGCUCAUUCUCAACGGGCCGGAAUCUGAUGUUGAGUCGGAAACUAAAGAAACGUGGAGUGAGUUGGUUGCGAAAAAAAAGGCGAAAAGGGAGGGAGAAAAGAGGAAACGGGAGGAUGAAAGUGAUGCAAAUAUAUGCAACUGGGGCAUGGAGGAUGAUGGCGAUGAGGACGAAAACGUGUUGCAGCAGCGCUUGGCCGAGAGUGGGAACUGCUUAAGUCAUGAAAGCUCCUACAUCGCGGAUCCGAAGAGGGCGUUAAGAGCAUUUUUCGAUCGUGAGGGCUUAGAUCCUUUGCCCGAGUACGAAUUCGUAAAAGGCCGUUUCGGUCAGCAGAUGUGCAGAAUUGAAUUGCCACUAGAGGCGGGCACACUGUUUGCAGAGGUGCCGAUGACCGGCCAGAAGCGAAAGGAGGCUGUCGCGGCUUGUGCUCUUGAGGCCUGCCGCAUCCUCGAUCGUCUGGGUGAAUUUGAUGCCAAUAAAGAAGGGGCAGAGGCGGUGAGACGAGCACGUGAGAAGGCGUACUGGCAGUCGAACGACUACUACUCCUCCGAUGAGGACACUUUUCUGGACCGGACAGGCCAAAUCGAGGCCCGACGGCGCCGACGAAUGAGACGCAUGGGUGUCGAGGGAGCGGAGGUCACGUCGACUGACGAUUCAAUGUCACAAGAGACGUCUGAAGAGCCACAGGAUUCCCUGUCUGUGUUGGCUACACUGGAGGAAUUGGGAAGGAAGAUCAUUGAAGUGGAGACGGAGCUAGACGCAGCUGAACGAGCCAUGGAAGCAGCCGGCGAAAAUGCCACCGAAAUGGACGAGUUGGAGGCUUACAUGGAGGCUAUCAAAAGAGGUGCACCAAAGCGGGCGGAACGGCAGGCGCUGAAGCGUCGUCUGGUAGCGUUGCGGCAAGAAGAGACGCGCCUCCUUCGAAAAGUCGGCAUUCGCGGCGGUGGCAGCAGUGCGGCUCGUUUCUCCUCCUCCGCCUCCUCCGCUGCAGCUACUGCUGUUCGUGCUGCUGCCUCCCAGCAGUCUGGUACUGACGGAAGGACGAAUGAAGCCUCUCACACCGAAAGUAGGCUGAAUUCUAUCAAGAGACAACUGCCAGAGUUCAAUCGCCGAAGUCACCAGAUUGGUGAAAGAGGAGCCUUGCAAAAGAAGGAAAGAGAGAAGGAGACGGAGGGUGAGGAAGUCUUUGUUCCAGAAGUUGAAGAAGAUGAUGACACACAAAUCAGUGUGGAUACCAAGCCGAAGCAUCCAGAGUGUGAUUCAACACCCAUGGAAGAGGUGGACAUAGAGGGCACCUCGAAACGUCCCCCAUCUUCACCUUCUCAAUCGGAAUCUCCAAAGCCUAAAAUGGCAAGGAAUGAAGAGGCGUACUCACCUACUGUUUCAACAGACAAGGUCCACUCUGCAGCAUCAUCACCAUCGAAGCAGUUGCAGGAGCCUCUCCGAGUGGUUGAGGAGGAUGAAGUGGUGCACCGGCCACGCAUUGGGCCCCAGCAACUAUCGCACUCGGUUGAUGAUAAAGUAGUCAAGGAUGAGCAGUCGCCGGCUAUUUCAGUGGAAUUGUCCUCCGAGUUGUCACCGCCAACAGAGAUUGAUUUGGAUGAUGCCUACGACUACAGCAUGAACGAUCCCAACUUCGCGCUGUGGACGCCACCCAAAGAUCAAACUGGUGACGGGAUGACCGAACUCAACAAAAAGUACGGCUACUGA